GAGAAAAAGUCAGUGUUUUGAAACAGAGGAUGCCAGUGCUGGAGACAUAGGGUUCCUGGACAGUGAGUACAACUGAAUUUCCUUCCACAGGGGCUACUACAUCCGCGUCCGUGCUGUAGAUCACUGUGUUCAGGACUUCCUGCUGAAGACCCAAGGCUGCCCGAGGACACAGAUCCUGUCUUUAGGUGCUGGCUUUGACUCCUUAUACUUCCGUUUGAAGGACUUAGGUCUUCUGCAUCACACUGUGGUGUAUGAGGUGGAUUUCCCCAACGUGGCAUGCCAGAAAGCUGCUCUGAUCAAAAGAAUGAAAGAGUUGUCAGCACUGGUGGGAGAUACUGGAGGAGAAGGAUUAGGAGUCAUUCCCUUUUCUGGAGAGGAUUAUAAAUUACUGGGAGUAGAUUUAUCAGAGCUGUCUGAGCUGGAGAGAGCCCUGGAGGAAGCAGGACUGGACAAUGAAAUCCCCACCCUCUUCAUAGCAGAGGUCGUGCUGGCCUACAUGGAAAGUAGCAGGUCAGACGCCCUGGUCCGGUGGGCAGCGGAGCGUUUCCCUCGGGCCUGCUUCCUGCUGUACGAGCAGACGCGCCCCGGGGACCCCUUCGGACGCGUCAUGCAGCAGCAUUUCCGGCAGCUGAGCUCUGCGCUUCGUUCUCUGGCACAGUACCCGGAUUGUGAGGCGCAGCGGAGGCGCUUUUCUGAGCGGGGCUGGACUGAGUGCAGCGUCAUGGAUAUGAAUGAGUUUUUCACCUGUUGUACUCCAGAAGAUGAGCAGCAGAGAGUGCAGGCUCUGGAGCCGUUUGAUGAAUAUGAGGAAUGGCAUCUGAAAUGUUCUCAUUACUUUGUCUUGGCUGCAUCAAAGGGGAUGGAACCUUCCUGGACUCCACUGUUACCCAGUAUGACAGCUCCUCGUGACGGUGCUCCUGUGGGGGUGGCUGGGAGUGUCACUGCAGCAGUGUGUGCAAGGCACUCUGAAGUUCCCGGCCUCAGACGUUACGGUCACCACUCCGUUCUCAUGAAACCCAACGUGAUUCUCACCACUGGAGGCUUUGGGGAGGAGGAUGGACAGCACUGCCGUAUGAGAAAUUUUCAGGUGCUAAUUAAGCAUAGGGGCUGCUGGAAAGCUGGCUGUGUGAAACAGGAAAAUCCUGAUAAAAGAUGGGAUGGGCGGCUGUACCAUACUGUGUCCUGUCUCUCGAACAGUCUGGCCCUGGUGGUAGGAGGACGAACAUCCCCAUCCAGUGCAGGCUUGGGAAUGUUGUGGCUGAAGUUCCCUGACACCUCUAACGCCUUGGACCUGGAUGUCAUUACAGUGGAGCUUGUGCCUGUGCAGCCUGCUGCUGAACCAGCUGCCCUGCGUUGGAGGCACAGUGCGACUGAAGUGAUGUUCAGAGGUAACACGCAUGGAAAGAGUGGAAAUGGCUGCGAGCAGUACCUGUUUGUGUAUGGUGGUCGCUCUGCGAUGGAGCCUGUGCUGGGGGAUUGGUAUUUCCUGCACACUCAAGAACUUUCCUGCAGUGUGAUUCCUGUUGAGGGCCCGGUCCCAGCGAGCCGCCACUCCCACAGUGCCUGCAGCUGGAGAGGAGGAGCUCUCAUUGCCGGAGGUCUGGGCGCAGCGGAGCGGCCCUUGGGCUCAGUUUUCUUUCUGAGGGAACUGGAACACGGCUUUCAGUGGCAGAGGGUGGAGACACACCCUCUUCUCAUUCCAAGGUAUUCACAUAGUGCACACGUGCACGAGGGAAAGCUUCUGCUCGUCGGUGGCGUGUGGCUUCACUCAUCCUCUGUGCCAGGUGUCACUGUCGUGGACCUAAUGACCGGUCUCUGCUCGAACUACACGAUUGAUGUGGAGCAUCUGGAGUGGCCAUUAAUGCUCCAUAAUCACAGUAGUGUCCUUCUGCCAGAUGAGGAGGAGUUGUUGCUUAUUGGCGGUGGUGGGAACUGCUUCUCCUUCGGGACACACCUGAACCCAGAACCUGUCUCGCUGAGCCUCAGCCACAUCCUGACCAGGCACUGAGUGGGACCAGAGGGGACGGACCCACGCUG